CUUAUGCAAAACAAAUUGUGACCAGAGUUUGUACAGCAGAGAUUCUCUUGGACAGUAGCAAAGUCCUGCUGUGUCCAUAGAGAAAGAGGUAUAGGAUACAGCUGGAACUGAGGAGGUGAGCUUACAUUUCACACUGGACCUGUUCUAAAAUAAUUAGAUCAAGGCUUCUGGGUGAACGUGUUAAUCAUGAGUAGGACCCCUUUCCAAGUCUGCGCCUUGGUCCUCGCCGUGGUUGGGACCAUUUGCACCCUUGUGUCUACCGUCUCCAGUAAAUGGAAAAUUUCCAGUAGCACCAGUUCUAUCAUCACUUCUACCUCCAUAUUUGAAGGGCUCUGGAUGAAUUGUGUGGGCACCUCUGUGGGGUCUGUUCAGUGUAAGAGGUUCUCAUCUAUCUUCAGUUUGGCUACUUAUAUCCAGGCUUGCCGUGCCCUGAUGAUCAUCUCCCUCAUCCUGGGUCUCUUUGCCUGCAUAAUCUCCUUGUUUGGACUGAAGUGCACCAAAUUCGGAAGCAGUGAUGAAAACACCAAGGGGAAGAUUGCGCUCUCUGGGGGACUGGUUUUCAUUUUUGCAGGACUCUCCUGCUUAGUGGCAGUAUCGUGGUACGCAGCCACAAUCACGCAACAGUUUUUUAAUCCUCUCUAUGGUGGAAUAAAGUAUGAGCUUGGCUCUGCGCUGUAUAUUGGAUGGGCUGCAUCUCUGCUGGCCAUACUCGGGGGCUCAUUUCUGUGUUGUUCAUUCAAGAAAAAGAAAAAAACUGCUAAAAAAGGAGCCUACAAAUACAACUACCCAACUCCUGACAGUGAGUUCACCCAGUACAAAGAGAGGAAAGACAGUGCUUCCGCCUCGGCUUCCAGGGCCUAUGUGUAACUCGGACUUGACUGCAAAACCCCACAUUUAAUAAUUUUUUACCUUUUAACAUUUUGUUAAGUAUGUUGGCAAUGAGAAUCUGUUCUAUAUACAGAGAACAGAAAAAUAAGGGUUAAUGUCCAUGAACAGCUCAGAAUAUGUUAGAAUUUCGUUUUGUACUGUCUGUGUAUGUAACACAAUGUACCAUAUUGGGAACCAGUAAAACAUUGCAAAUUAUGUUGGUUUAAUAA